GAGAGCCAAUGGCGGCGACGGGUGGGGCAGCCCCGCCUCGCGGCUGCCCGACCGCCCGUCCCGGGUUAGGCUGCGCCUGUCAGUGAGGGCGGCGGGAUGGCGGCGCUUUACGCUUGUACCAAGUGCCACCAGCGCUUCUCCUUCGAGGCGCUGAGCCAGGGGCAGCAGCUCUGCAAGGAGUGUCGAAUUGCGCAUCCCAUUGUCAAAUGCACUUACUGUAGGACCGAAUUCCAACAGGAAAGUAAAACCAACACAAUAUGCAAGAAAUGUGCUCAGAACGUGAAGCUCUAUGGAACGCCAAAACCAUGCCAGUACUGCAACAUAAUAGCAGCAUUUAUUGGCAACAAGUGCCAGCGCUGUACGAACUCAGAGAAGAAGUAUGGGCCACCCCUCUCCUGUGAACAGUGCAAGCAACAGUGCGCAUUCGACAGGAAGGAUGAUAGGAAGAAGGUGGACGGGAAGCUGCUGUGCUGGCUGUGUACAUUGUCCUACAAACGGGUCCUACAGAAGACCAAAGAGCAACGCAAACAUCUAAGCAGCUCUUCACGGACGAGCCUGCAAGAGAAGGAGCAGUUCAGCAGGCUCAGCGGUGGCAGCCACUACAACAGCCAGAAAACCUUAUCCACCUCCUCUAUUCAGAACGAAAUUCCAAAGAAGAAACCCAAGUUUGAAGCCAUAUCAGCCAAUGGUGACAGCGUUCCUUCCUCUCCCGAGAUGCUUUGCCCCCCUACCCAGAGUGCCCCGUCCGUGUUGGUGCAGUGGGCUGCUUCCCAACAGAGUCCCGGUGCCCAUCAUUAUCCUGUUUCUCAAGGCACUGACGUCCUGAACUUUUCUCCAGACCUUGCCCUGGACUCCCCUGGCACGGACCAUUUCGUUAUUAUCGCCCAGCUGAAGGAAGAAGUGGCCACUCUGAAAAAGAUGCUGCACCAGAAAGAUCAGAUGAUCUUGGAGAAAGAGAAGAAGGUACAGCCCUGGACCGCUUCCACACAAAAACUGCAGAGGGAAUUAUGGACAACUUACUUAAAGAUCACAGAGCUAAAGGCCGACCUGCAGUACCAGGAAUCCCAGAUGAGGGCAAAAAUGAACCAAAUGGAGAAGACACACAAGGAAGUCAUGGAGCAGUUACAGGCCAAGAACAGAGAACUCCUGAAGCAAGCAGCUGCCCUAUCCAAGGGCAAAAAGCCUGAGAAGUCAGGAGCAAUAACCUCCCCUUAAAACAAACUGGGAGCUUCCCCAGCAUUAACCCAGGAGGCCUGUCUGUUCGGCUGGAAUCCAAACCUCAGUCUUGUUACUUUCCUAUCGCUAUGGACUCGAUGGAACGCCUGGUGUCUGUUGCCUUUCGACAGCAUGUUUGAGUGUGUCUGGUUUCAAUAUCUGUUGAAUACUGUUAUAUAGCACAGUGAUCCACGGGGAGCGGUGUACCCGCACAUCUUGCUGUCCCCCAGGCCCUGGAACUAAUGGUCUCCAGAAGACACCUGUUUGGAAAACAGGUAUUACCACUGCCACGUCAUACUUUAGAAAACAGGGAUCCUGUUACGUUGGAGACCCGUCUCUGCAGUUUAAAAUCUGCUGCGCUGAGGCACAAUCCGUUGUUGGCUGUUUUUCAGGCUUGCCAAGAGCUUUGGGGGCACGGUGAGAGCUUUAUUUUCAAGUGUUUUGUUCCUCCUUUCAAGGGAAGCUCUGAAAUUGCCUUCCCCAGAGAGCGAGCAGGGGGCAGCACGCUGAUCUGCCUGGAGCAGUUAAGCUAUCUUUCAAAAACUGUUCCAAAAUCCGGGCUAGAGAUUUUUUUGAAAUAUUGGCUUGGCAAACCUAACUGCCUGUUUUGAUCACUUUUGGUUUGAGAGUCUUACCGAAUAAUUGCGCCUAACCGUAUGGUGGCCCUGUGGGGCUCUGGUUAGUGGCUUGGGCUAAUCGAACUUCUCUGGCACUGUAGUAAAGGCAGAAGGAGAGCUUGAGGCUGUCUUAGACAUGCUCUCCCCUCCCCAGUCCCGGAUCCAGUUGAUCCUUUUACAUCGUCUCCUCUCCACCCCACUUCACUGACGUCACAUGCAGGAUGAGGCUGAUUUCAAGAAGUGAGUUUAGUCAGGUCAGUAAUGACACAAAGGAGGAAGUGCUUCUUGGGUGCUGGGCAGAGAAGCCCCCAACCUCCAUUCCCAACAAAAGCCGGCAGGAUAAAGAGCUGAGAAGGUUCUCUGCUUUUCUGAAACAGUCUGACUUCAGAAGCAAAGAGACCAUGAACGGCUCCAGAAAGGUCAGCUGGAAUGUGUACUCCCAACCCACCCUCAUUAGAGGAGAGCUGAGCUCUGCAGCUGUCUGAGCCCUUCCCUCAGGGCAUCUCUUAGAGGGGGAUAAAAAGCACUCUGCCAUUAGGGGGAAAUGUGCAGAUGGGCUCUCAAGUCCGCAGGUUCCAGGCCAGGUUACUCCAUGGAAUCCCGGUGGCCAGCCCUGUUCACACAAGGUGGAGAGAGCACUCAGGGGUUGGAGACCCUACCUCAGGGGAGUAGGGGAAGGAAACGACCUUAAUGUAGACAGGCACCAAAUGGAAAGAGAUGAGACACUGACCCUUUGAGACAGGGCUAGCUGCUCCAACUGGGUUUUUAUGAAUCUUUUUAAGUAGAGAGUUGCAAUUUUUUUUUAUUAAGAUGAAUUUAUUCAAUGGCACUUUUCAGACGUUGUUAGCUUUGAGCGUGGAAGAGCACAUUGAAGCAUCAGAUACUGUCGCGUGGUUUUGGGUUUGGUUUUUAAAAAGACUUCAGGAUGCUAAGAAAUCAUUGCACUCUGCCAGAGUGUGACAGCCGGAAAAAAAAAAAAAAAACCAUCUAAUUUUAUACUUCACAUAUUUUUAGAAAAA